UCUACAUUUAUUGAUUUUAUGUAUCUGUUCACAUAUAGCAUACUUGUUUUGGCCUCCUGUGUUUUGGCCACCUUUCUUUUCUUUUAUUUCAUGAUUUACGUUGAUUUCUUAAUAUUUGCUAUUAGACCAGCAUUCCUAGAUACGUUUUGCCUUAUGUGAAUUAUUGCACUUUUCCCCCCUAUGAAUUAAAUUCAGCCGUUUGGUUUCGGAUUUCACGUUGGCUUCUUUUCUUUAAAAAGGGAGACUGGAUCAUCAGGCAUGUACUGUUAUUUUAAGACAUUUUAAAAUCAGUGAAUGGCUUAAUUUUUAAGUCUUUAAAAAAACCCAAAAGUUAGCAGGUAAAAUCUGAGAAUGUUAGAUCCUUCUCUGAGAGACUUAAGAUAUUUCAGGACAUCCUUUACAUCUACAUUGUGGUUGCAUCUAAGUGCUGGCGUCUGGAUUCAGCAAGCCAGUUCCCUGCCAGUCCUAUGUCCCUAAGAAUUAUUUUAGAAAGCUACUGUCCAUUUUGUUUUCUUAAUUUUAUAAGUAUUGCAAACUGACAAUCUUAAAAAGGGUUGACAUGUCUUAAUAUGCUUUCUCUAUUAUUCCCCCUCCCCCCCAGUCUGAAAUAGCUUUUUUGGGUGAUUUAGAGAUAACACGAGUGAAUUUUCCCACUUACGACUUCAGUGUCUACAGUGACUGAUUUCUUUGUUUAUUACCUUCUCAGGAAACCUUUGUAUACAUUGGGUGGUGAUUAUCUACAUGUGCUAGAGAGAUUUCUGCUAGGAGGGGACAAAAACUGUCCAAAUCAUUUCUCGGCUAGGCAGAUAUCAUAAUACCAGAUGUUUCCUGGGAUUUUGGAAAAAGGUGUUUACCUACUGGAGGGUCUUUCCUGCACAAUUAGAGGAUGGUGAUUGUUGCCAACACCUUCCAUUUUAGGGAUGCCAGCCUAAUGUACUCUGUUCUUGAAAAAGUUAAUAUAUCUUUUCCUGUGCACAUUUUACACUGCAAACGUCUAACCUUGUUUUUGGAGUAGAAGGGCUCUCAUGCAUGCCUAAACUUUGCGUGUAAAUAAACGUUAAAAAAUUAUAUUAAAGGAAUGGGGUUGUGGCUGCCUUUCAUGAAAUUUGGUGUUAGGGAGGACCUCAAAUGUUAAAAUGAAAAAUUAUUAUUUAUACUGGCAUAGUUUAUCCACCUCAUAAUAUAAUACAAUCUCAAGGACAGUUUUUGCUACAGUAUAGUAUAUUACUAAUACCUCAGUAUCAUUGCCUCCAGGAUUUUAUAUAAUACUAUCUAGGAACAUGUAUUUUUAAAUUUCCUAAAUUAAGCAUUUCUAAGGGUUGUUCCCAGAUUUGAAACCAUUUUCUAAUAUUAAACUUUUGGGGUGAAGUUUUGCAAGUUUAUUUAUCAACAAUGAUUUUUUAAAAAGAUAAUUGCAAUAUAGUCAAUAUAAUUGCUUUCAGUCAAAUACAGACUAAUAUGUUUUUCAUCAUAAAGAACAUUUUUACCUUAUCAGCUUUUGUGCUUACAGAAACUUUACAUUUGAAUUACAUUUGCAUGCUGCUUUCACAGCUGUUAAGAACAUCUAAUUCAAGCUGUGUUGUUGACAAUUUGCUUGCAUUCAAAAGAAAGUAGAGAGGAGUUUACUUUGAUUGCACAGGCAUAGAUAUAAGGUGAUCUCUUCUUCUGGGAAGUGCUUUGCAGAUGAAGAUAUUUGGAAGUUGAAUGCUCACACCAGUUGCAGGCCUGCUGGUGACUAAUCAGUCCAAUUGCAGAGGCAAAUCCCGCUGCAAUGGUUGCACAUGUAUGGUUGACUGCUGCUACAUGAAGGUGUGCCUUUCCUCGUUCUCCUCUUCUCCUCCAUGUUGGCUCUGAGCUGACAUUCAAAGAGGGCUGUUUCAUUUUUUGAUUUGUAGCCACCAGGCAUCACAAUCUAUAGGCCGUGUUUCCCACAGUUUGUAGUCAAUACCUCAGACAGAAAAGGACUUCUUCGGGGUGACAUUGAAAUGCUUGUCUGGGGCCCCUCUGUCAAAUUUUCCAGUCAUCAGUUCCCUGUACAGCAUGGCCUUUGGUAGGCAGUUGUCAUCUGCAUCAUAUGGCUGGGCCACCACAGCUGAAUCUGUAGGAGAAUCACCUCAAUGCUGGUGGUAUUGGCUCUUUUUAACAUGUCUACAUCGGUGACAUAAUUCUGCCAGCAGAUCUUGAGAAUGGUGCAGAAGCAGCGCUGAUGAACAUGCCCAAGGAGGCAUUGGUGAUGCAUAGAGGGUGCACACAGGUGCAUGUACACUGUCUGAGCGUGGCGAUGCACCCCUGUGAAAAGGCACUGCCGGCAGUGUCUGUGGGUGCUCUGUGAUUGUUGCUGGCUGCCAUGGAUGCUGAGCUUGGUCUGUACCUUGUAGACUGUGGCUGUUCCAGACCCACUUGAAGAGUCUGCCAAAGGCACUACUAGCUUUUGAGAGUCUGUUGCCUACCUGCUUCUUGAUCGUGGCAUCACACAUGAUGACACUUCCCAGGUAGGUGAACUGCUUGACAGCAUUUAGCUCAGUUCCUUCAAUAGUAAUCUUCAGUGGCACAUCAGCUUGGCAUGGAGAUGGCUGAUGAAGAACUUCAGUCUUCCUCAGGCUGAUGGUGAGUCCAAAGAGUUGUGUUGCAGUAGCAAAGCGACUGGUUGUAUGCUGCAGAUAGGGUUGGGUGUAGGCCACCAGGGCACAAUCAUGUGCAAAUAGAAGUUCAUGGAUGAGCUGUUGUGAGGUUUUGUGUAGGCCUCUAGCAAUCUGAGAUUGAAAAGGUUUACAUCUGGUCAGAAGAACAUUUAGACACCUUCCUCACCUUUCCCAAGAUUCUUUGAUGCUUGCUGCAGUGUCAUGGUCAAGAAAAUGGUGAACAAGGUAGGGGUGAGUACACAGCCUUGCUUAAAUCCACUGGAGAUUAGGAAAGGACCUGAGAGGCUGUUGUUGUUCUUGACUUGUCCAUGCUGUCUGUCAUGGAGUUGUCUGACCAUGGUGAGGAACUUAGGUGGGCAUCCAAGCAUCUCGAGAAUCUUCCAGAUGCCAUCUUGACUUAUGGUGUCAAAUGCCUUAGUAAGGUCGAUGAAAGUAAUGUACGUCCUCUUGUUCUGCUCCAGGCACUUUUCCUGUAUUUGUCUGAGCACAAAUACCAUAUCUACCAUGCCUCUGUUUGCUCUGAAGCCACUUUGGCUCUCUUGGAGGACCUCUUCUGCUAUGGCAGGCACCAAACAGUUGAGGAGGAUUCUAGCUAGAAUCUUCCCAGCAAUGGACAAAAUGGUGAUCCCUCAGUAGUUGGAACAGUCUGAUUUGUCACCUUUAUUCUUAUACAGGGUGAUGAUUACAGCAUCACACAGAACCUGUGGAAUUUUCCCCUGCUCCCAGCAGGCUAUGGAGCUCAUGGAGAGCUCCAUAGGAAGAGUUCAUGGAGCUUGGAGUGUAGAGCAGGGCCACUGUAUUUCAGGUCUUCAAGUGAAAUUCCAUCAGUUCCAGGGGCUUUGUUGCUUUUUAUCUGGUAGAUAUAUCAUAUAAUGGGAUCUAUGAAAGGAUAAGCAGAUAGAGGCAGGACUCUAUUCAGCUCUGCCUGUUCCCCUAUAACCUUUGAAUCUAGGUAUGUAAUGGGCUGAUAGCGCCCCCCCCCCCCUUCAUUCAUUCUAUGUGAUCUAUUAAUCUGUGUAAGGAAAUCUGGAGGUGAAGCAGAGCCCGCCUCAAAACACAAGAAUAACAAAAACAACAGCUUUCUUAUUUAAAGAGUAACAUGUAUUCUAUUCUAUCAUGGAACCAUUCAGGCAUAUACUGAAGGCUAAACCUAUUUUCUGCACAAUGUCUGCAUUACUUUAGCUUUCCAAUAGAAUUAACUUGCUUUCCCAGGCUCUGAAAGAUAGAAUCAUAGAAUCAUAGGAAGAAGGACCUGAAGGGACCUAUAAGAUCAUCAAGUCUGGUUCCCUGCCAUUGGCAGGAGGUAACUGGGCUCAAACCAGUUCAAUGAGGUAUUUGUCCAGCCUCCUCUUAAAGACUCCCAGAGAUGACGACUGCACCACCUCUGCUGGAAGUGUGUUCCAGAAAAGAAGUUUUUCAUUAUGUCCAGCCAAAACUUGCCCUCUGCUAUCUUGUGUUCAUUGGUCUGUAUCUUCCUGGAGGGGCCUAUUCUGAAAAGUUGUUCACCUAGGUCCUGGUGUUCUCCCUUGACCUAUUUGUAGGCGGCUAUCAAGUAGCUGCUCAGCCUUCUUUUGCUCAGGCUGAACAGUCCCAGAUCCCAAAGUCUCUCCUCAUAGGACCUGUCCCCCAGGCCCUUGAUCAUGUGGGUGGCCCUUCUCUGCACCCUUUUGAGCAUGGGCAACUGGUGCAACCUGAGUCACGGGGGGCAUGUGCCCCCCCAGAGCCAGUCAGCAAUCAGGGGGGGGUCCCCCACAGCUGAACUCACCAACCAGGCAGUGCAACCCCCGUGCACCCCCUAUGUGUCACCACUGCUUUUAAGGUUGUCCACAUCCUUCUUGAAGUGUGGUGCACAGAACUGGAUAUAGUACUCCAGCUGAGGCCUCACCAAUACUGAAUAGAGGGGGAGGAGCACCUCUCUGGAUCUCUCUGUUGACAGGACACCUGCUGAUGCAUGCCAUAGUUCUAUUUGCUUUGCUGGUGACUUCAUCACACUGGUGGUUCAUAUACAUCUUCUGGUCGAUUGUCACCCCUAGGUCCCUUUUGGAUGUAGUGCCAGCCAGUGGGCCACCACACAUCAUAUAGAUAUGGUGCGGGUUCUUCCUUCCAAGAUGAAGGAUCUGGCAUUUGUCCCUGUUGAACCUCAUCUGGUUUUGUUCAGUCCAUAGGACCAGCCUGUCAAGGUCAUCCUGAAUCCUUGAUUUGUCCUCUGAUGUGCCCACUUGUCCCCAUGGUUUGGCAUCAUCCACAAACUUAAUUAUUGUACUUUUCACUCCCUCAUCCAAGUCAUUAAUAAAGAUAUUAACAAGCACAGGCCCAAACACUGAUCGCUGGGGUAUACCACUGGAGAUGUCCUUCCAGGAUGAGGCCACCUCAUCAAUCAAGACUUGUUGGGAUCUGGGGCUGAGCCAGUUCCCAACCCACUUCACUGUAGCUUGGUCUAGGCCAGAACUCUCCAACUUAACUGUGAGGUUUUAAUGGGAAACAAGAUCAAAGGCCUUGCUGAAGUCUACGUAGAUGAUGUCCACCUCCUGUCCCAUAUCCAGGAGGCUAGUUACCUGGUCAUAAAAGGACACCAGGUUUGUUAGGCAUGACCUCCCCACUACAAAGCCAUGCUGGGUGCUUCUCAGUACCCCACCAGAUGCGAGCUAGUGGGUGAUAUCCUUCCUUGACAAUUUUUUUAAAUAUCUUCCCCAGGAACCAAGUCAAACUGAGGGGUCUAUAGUUGGCAGGGUCAUCUCUGGUUCCCUGAGGAGGUCUUUUGCAAUAUUACAUGCAAUUAAGUAAUUAAAAAUAGUACCCAAAUGUGAAUGCACAAGGAUGUUUGGCAUCACCCGUGUGUGGAACACUUUUCUUGGGAUCUUGACAUCUGGACAUGUUUUUCUGUGGGAGAUGCAAAUAGCUGUACAGAUGAUCAAAAUAAAGUUGUAGGGGUGCGUGUGUAUAGAAGCGCAUAGCAAAGUAGUUUAGCGUGAAAUUAUAACAUAUACCAAUGUGAAAGGGAAGAAUUUCAUAGCUAAGGAGUUCCAUCUGAAUUUCUCUGACUCCUCUGGGCAGACUAAAACAGUUCCUACUUGAACCAAGACAUUCUGCGAACAUGAAUAUGGAGGAAAUAGAGAACUUUUCCGGGUUGUUCUGCAAAAAGAAGACCCCAUACAUAAACGGAAAAUAGUUCGAGAUAGUCACACAAUAGGAAGUGGUGAGGUAUAAGGUGUCGCUGUUGACUAAAGAGACAUUUUAAUAGGAAAGAAACGUGUACUCCUCCCCGAGCCAGACAGCGAGAAUCGUUUGCCAGAGUAUCAGGAAGCUCAUUUGUCCCGGAUGAGACAAGGACUGGAAACAGAACAUUUUCAAACUGAACGCAGGCACCUCGCUGAAAGACUCCGCGGCCUCGAUCAGAUGAACAGCGUUCGGAUGGUCUCUUUUUGGCUGAAUUCUGAAAUACAUUAGAAAAAAAUUAAAGGGAUCAUUAAGUGUAAUGUAAGCUGCGGCAUUUAAACAAUGGAAAAGCCGAAGACACAAGAUGUCGCUGUCCACUGAAGAGAAGUAGAAGCAACAAGCACACAGCUCCUCCUCUAGAACCGCUGUAACUCCAGUUUCCCGGCGCAUCAGAACGUUCCGCCGUCCUCCGGAUGCGACUGUUGGAUGUCAGUGAAGCGCUUUCGGAGAUACCAACCCAUCCUGUCCCUAGGACUCUGAGCGUACGAUAUAAACAAAGCAGGGAUUAAAAGAAACAGCAGCGGCUUUCGGACCUGCCAUGUCGGCACCCAGACUAGGCGGCCCGGCGGGGAGGCAGCUGCUGCGUCUGGUGCUGCUGCAGGCGGCCUGGGCGGCGGGGAGCGGCCCGCUGCAGUACUCGGUGGCGGAGGAGGCCAAGGCCGGCACGCUGGUGGGCCGCCUGGCCCAGGACCUGGGGCUGGAGGCCGGGGAGCUGGCGGCGCGGAGGCUGCGGCUGGUGUGGAAGGGCGGGCGCGACUCGCUGGAGGUGAAGGCGGAGAGCGGGGCGCUGGUGGUGCAGUCGCGGCUGGACCGGGAGGAGCUGUGCGGCCAGAGCGCGCGCUGCGCCCUGCACCUGGAGGUGCUGGUGGACAAGCCGCUGCGGGUGUUUCACGUGGAGGUGGAGAUUCAGGACAUCAACGACAACGCGCCCGUGUUCCCGAUAAAAGAACAUCAUUUGAGGAUACCAGAGUCAAGGCUGCCGGGCUCGCGCUUCCCACUAGAGGUCGCGUCUGAUGCGGACAUUGGCAUUAACGCUCUGCUCAGCUACAAACUCAGCCCGAGCGAAUAUUUCUCUCUGGAUGUAGUAACUAACGAAGACCAGAGCAAAUCAAUGGAACUUGCAUUAAAGAAACAAUUGGACCGCGAGGAGACCCCCGUGCACCACUUGCUCUUGACGGCGACUGACGGGGGCAAACCGGAGCUGACGGGCACGGUUGAGCUGGUGAUCACAGUGCUGGAUGUGAACGACAACGCGCCCGUGUUCAGCCAGGCGGUUUACAGAGUCCACUUACGAGAAAAUUUAGAGAACGGGACCUUAGUCAUUAAGGUCAAUGCGACAGAUGAGGACGAGGGGAUUAAUAAGGAAAUCCAGUACUCCUUUCACAGCCUUGUUCCAGAAAACAUAAAAGCAACAUUUGGCAUAGAUCAAGGGACGGGAGAAGUCAGAGUUAAAGGGAAACUGGAUUACGAAGAGAUGAAUUCAUACGAAAUUCGAAUUGAAGCAAAUGACAAUGGUUUCCCACCCCUGUCCGGACACUGCCGCGUUGUGGUGGCGCUUGUGGACGUGAACGACAACGCGCCGGAGCUGUGGGUGACGCCGCUGUCGGUGCCGGUGGCGGAGGACGCGGCGCCGGGCACGGUGGUGGCGCUGAUCCGCGCGCGGGACCGGGACUCGGGCGCCAACGGGGCCGUGACGCUGUGGCUGCGGCCCGAGGCGCCGUUCCGGCUGGUGUCGAGCUUCCGCGACUCCUACUCGCUGGUGCUGGCCGAGGCGCUGGACCGGGAGCGCGUGGCGGCCUACGAGGUGGAGGUGCGGGCCCGCGACGCGGGGGCGCCGGCGCUGGGGGCCAGCAGCCGCCUGGCCGUGCCGGUGGCGGACGUGAACGACAACGCGCCCGCCUUCGCGCAGGCCGUGUACACGGCGUUCGUGCGGGAGAACAACGCGCCGGGCGCGGCGGUGCUGACGGUGCGGGCGCGGGACGCGGACGCGGGCGAGAACGGCGCCGUGAGCUACUCGGUGGCGGGGGGCGGCGCGCAGGGCAGGCCGGCGUCCAGCCUGGUGGCGGUGGAGGCGGCGAGCGGGCGCGUGCGGGCGCUGCAGCCGCUGGACUACGAGGAGGUGCAGGUGGUGGAGUUCGAGGUGCGGGCGCAGGACGCGGGCUCGCCGGCCUUGUGGGGCCGCGCCACGGUGCAGCUCUUCGUGCUGGACGCCAACGACAACGCGCCGGCCGUGUGGGCGCCGGCGGCGGGCGCGGCGCCCCUGCUGGUGCCGCAGUCGGCGGGCGCGGGGCAGGUGGUGGCCAAGGUGCGCGCCGUGGACGCGGACUCGGGCUACAACGCGUGGCUGCGCUACGAGCUGCAGGAGCCGCGCGGCGCCGGGCCCUUCCGCGUGGGGCUGUACAGCGGCGAGGUGCGCACGGCGCGGCCCCUGGACGAGGCGGACGGGCCGCGCCACAGCCUGGUGGUGCUGGUGCGCGACCACGGCGAGCCGGCGCUCUGCGCCACGGCCACGCUCAGCGUGUCGCUGGUGGACAGCGCGCAGGCCUCGGCCGCGGCGGCGGGGGCGGCCGGAGCGGCGGCGGCGGCGGCGGCCGGGCCCGACGGGCCGCUGUCGGAGCUGAACGCCUACUUGAUCCUGGCCAUCUGCGCCGUGUGCGGCCUCUUGGUGCUGGCGCUGGGGCUGGCGGCGGCGCUGCGGUGGCGGCCGCGGGCGGCGGUGCUGUGCGGCCCGGGCCAGGCGGCGCUGGUGUGCGCCAGCGAGGUGGGCAGCUGGUCGUACUCGCAGCGCCACAGCCGCCAGCUGGGAGGCGGCGAGGCGGCGGGCAAGGCCGACCUCAUGGUGUUCAGCCCCGGCUGCCCGCCCGCCGCCGCCGCCGGCAGUGCGGACAAGAAGACGGGAGGCGGCGGCGCCGGCCCGGAUGGAAGCGCAAUGCCAAAACAGCCCAAUCCUGAUUGGCGCUAUUCUGCAUCCCUAAGAGCAGGAAUGCAAAGUGCUGUGCAUAUGGAGGAGGCAGGAGUCUUACGAGGAGGACCAGGAGGACCUGAACAGCAGUGGCCAACAGUUUCCAGUGCAACACCAGAACCUGAGGCAGGAGAAGUAUCCCCCCCAGUUGGAGCUGGUGUGAACAGUAACAGCUGGACCUUUAAAUUUGGACCGGGCAAUCCCAAACAAGGUGGUCCCGGUGAGUUGCCAGACAAAUUCAUUAUCCCGGGAUCUCCUGCAAUCAUCUCCAUCCGACAGGAACCACAAAACAGCCAAAUUGACAAAAGUGACUUCAUAACUUUUGGCAAGAAGGAAGAAACCAAGAAAAAAAAGAAAAAGAAGAAGGGAAACAAGACUCAGGAGAAAAAAGAAAAGGGAAACAGCACCACUGACAACAGUGACCAGUGAGGGGUUUAUAUUCAAAGAAUCCACUUAGCCAGUUUUUGUAAUAAUGGCUGAUCUCUCCUAUGUAGCAACUCCCAAUUUCUUCCUACUGUUAACAAAUUUCCUAUAUGUACAGACUGCAAAAAUCAGCAGGAAAUUCACAGUCUCUGUCUAGAUUGCUUAACAGAUUUUGUCUUAAAAGCUUUAUUAAGUCUGGUGUUAACUCUUUUUCUCCACUCUGGCUUGUUUUCAGAAUCUAAAAAGCAGACACAAGUUUCCUUUCUCCUACGCCGAAAAGGAGACUCUUCACAAUACAGCCAGUGAGAGGUUGGACUCUCUGCACUGUGGUUCCUGUGAUCCUGUCUUGAUGACACUUACAGGACAAGUUUAAAAGUUUUAAUAUUGUGCACUCUAUAUCUGAUUGCAAACAUUUGUGUGCAGAUGUCACCUAGGUGAUGCAAGAUAAAUUAUAAAAUGCAAGAAGAGCUGGUAACAAAUGAACAAAAAGACAUCUAAUGAACAAUAUCAUUCAGAGAUGUUUGGGCAGGGGAGGAAAUAUCUUAAAGGAGAUUACCAGACUUUUCAAAUCUAGAAACCUAACUGGGUAGAAUACUGAGUCCUUUUCAUAUAUACACUCCAUCAAGGAAAAACUCACAUUUACAGCUCUUUAAGAUAUAAAAUAUCUCUCUCACUAAGCCAUUGAAUAUACUGUCAUUUCAAGCCCUGCAUUAUCCUAGCAAGGAUGUCCCUCAGAUUGUUACAAGGGCAGAGUUGACAUCUUGGGAAUGUAACUGACUGCGAUGAUUCUUGUAUAUCCCUGUUUCCACUCUAUUUAAUAUUAUUUUGCACAUAAUAUCUCUGAAAAAGUCAGAGUAUUUCCACAACACAUAUGCAAAAGUGAGAAAAAAGAAAUGUUAUCUAUGCUAUUUGUUAUUUGAUAUAUUUAUUUAUAAAGAAAAUAUAGCUGUAAAUGUUAAAGAAAUAUGAUGCCCUUAAACCCAAACAGAAGUCAGUCUAGAGCCAUUAGAAAUGAUAAUUGCUGCUAUUAAAGUGCUUUAGAGAAAUUGCCUGAAACAUCUGUAUUUUAUCGGCCACUUGCCAAUCACAGCUUUAUUCUGUCAGGUCACUUGGGGGCUGCCUCUUGCAUGUAUUAAUAAAUACAAUAAUAUCAUUUUUUUUUGCAUUAAGCUGCACUUUGAAUACACAUUUGCAAACAAACUUCCCUAUUAUAAAGAAGCAGAAGUAAACUAUUUCUCACACAAGCAGGUUUACUAACCUGCUAGCUCUGUGCAGUAUCUGGGUGUUAUCUCCCACACACCUUCUUUGUUUUCAGUUUUACUUUUCUAUGAAGUUAUGAACUGCUGACCCUACUAACACUCAUUAUGUAAAAUUCAAGUACUGUAUGUAUGCUGUAUGUUCUUAAAAAAUCCUGAAAUAUUUAUUCUGUGCUUGUGUAUGUGAAUGCCAAUGAAACUACUAUUAGAGUGGACUUUAAGCUUUGCUGUUGAAUGUAAAUCCAUUAUUUCUUUUUUGUACACUUGUGAAAAAGUGGAGUAGUGUUAAUUUUUUAAGCCACGGUUGAUUAUCAGUUUUUGUGUAUGAAACACAAGUAAAAUAACUUUCUUAAAUCAAGAA